AAAACAUUUUCUUUCAAUCUCUCUUUGUCACAAUCAAGAAAAAUAUAAAAAUAUUGAUAUGGAAAUGAAGGGGAAAUACUUGGUAACGAUUAUUCUACUGGUUAGUACGUUAAGCGUGGGGAUGUGUUCUAAUCGUUGGAUUAGGGCUCAUGCAACGUUUUAUGGUGUUAAUGAUAGCCCUGCUUCACUUGGCGGAGCUUGUGGGUAUGACAAUCCAUACCACGCCGGAUUCGGAGCCCAUACGGCAGCGCUAAGCGGUGCACUAUUCAAAAGCGGCGAGUCAUGCGGUGGGUGUUACCAAGUGAGGUGCGACUAUCGUGCGGAUCCUAAGUGGUGUCUCCGAGGAGCCGCCGUUACGGUGACGGCUACAAACUUUUGUCCGUCGAACAAUAACGGAGGUUGGUGCAAUCUUCCUCGUCACCAUUUUGACAUGUCCAUGCCCGCUUUCUUCCGCAUCGCCCGUCGCGGCAACGAAGGCAUCGUCCCCGUCUUCUACCGCCGGGUGGGAUGCAGAAGAAGAGGAGGUGUAAGGUUCACGAUGAGAGGUCAAGGUACUUUCAAUAUGGUAAUACUCUCAAACGUUGGCGGCAGCGGCGCGGUGAAAGCCGUUGCGGUGAGAGGCUCAAGGGGAAAGAUUUGGCAUCAGAUGACUCGUAACUGGGGUGCCAACUGGCAAAGCUCCGGCGACCUUCGGGGACAGAGGCUCUCCUUUAGAGUUACUCUCCUUGACCGCAAAACGAUGACGUUUUUAAAUAUUGUUCCUUCUUCUUGGUGGUUCGGUCAAACCUUCUCUUCUCGAGGCCAAUUUCACUGAGUACAACUCUUGAUACAAUUACGAAGUCUUGCUUACUCUUUCAUCUUUGGGAAGCUAAUUUUCAACUCUUUGCUUAUUUAUGAACUUUGUCCUUUGUUU